UUCAACGCGUUACCGGCAAUACGCGUUAACAACAAAAUCAAAAUCGUUCGUUUGUUUAAAAAAAAAUACUAAAUCUUAGAAAGAAAUUAGAAAAAAUCAGAACAGCAAAAAACGGUUGCUAUAUUUACGCGUUAAUAUGUUGUUUAUUAAAUUGGUGUUGUAUGUAGAACGUGAACGCGUACGCCAUUAAUUGAAAACCCGCUAAUUGUGACAAAACUUGUAUAGAAAGCGUCAACUGUCAAAAUAUUACUUUACUUCAGUUAACAACUCUCCCCACACACUCACACUCAUACAAUCUCUUACAUUUAAAAAAUCCACACUUUGAUAGUGAAACAAAGUGGAGAGUUUAAGUUAACAACAAAACGUGCGUGUCUUUUGGUGUAUCUGUGUGUAAAGAGCGCGUGAGUGCGUGCGUAUGUAAUUUUAAAGUUUGUUCAAAAAUUUCUCGACAUUAUACGCAAAUAAUUAACGAUCAUUGUGACCACUGCAAUACGACCACCACCAUUAUCAUCACUGUCAGUUGUUUGGAAUUUAACCAUCAUCUGCAGCACAUACACACAUAUACACUCAAAGAAAGAUAAUGGCGUUAACAGCUUGUCAAUUGAAGCGAAACGGUUACGCUCCAUUAGUAAAUAAUUGGAAAUUAAAUCAAUAAUACUCCCUUAAAAUGUGCCAAAAAAUAAAUUGAAAAACGCGUGUGAAUGUGAAAAAGUGAAUUUUUAAAAAUAUAUAGCCAAUUGGUAUAGAAUUGUUCUCAUAGAUUUGCCAAUGGUCACGUGUACCCAACAACGCUUAACUAUGCUGCCUUUGGUGCCGAUUAAUCCUUUCGUUGUAGCACAUAAAAUAACAAAUCCGUCGGCCAAUGCAGCAGCAGCCAAAACCAAUUCGAGUACCUCCACCACCAACACCACCAAUACGAGUUCAAACACUAAACCCAAACUAGCGUUUAGUAUAGAUGCUCUAGUGGGUGGCGGCGGUGGAGGAGGAGUUGUUAAAGAUAGCUUUCGCUCGGUAGAAUAUUGUCCACCACAAAAUUCGUCAUUACAUCCUACGAUAGAGCCUCCUAAAAGAACAUCUACCAGUCCAGUAAGAUACUCAAGUAAUAAUGACUUAGCUGGUGUAGAACCUUUAGAAUUAAGAAAUUCUUGUAGAGAUAUUAAACCAAGCAUAUCACCCACAUCUUCUCAGCAACGACAAUCACCUGUGAUAACCUCCAGCCAAGAAUCGGGAACUCAAACACCCACUCGCGAGUUUAACAAUUCGCCUUUGCGUGAACACACCCAAUCACCCACACCAAAUGAUCUUGCACCAGCUGCCAGCAGUCGUUCGACUACUCCGCUACAUUCUCCUCGUGAAACGGGUCAAGAUGAGCAGAGAAUAUUUAAAACACAACUGCCUCCCGGCUUAGUAAGACCCUUUCCUUUACCUGCUCCAGGCAAUAUGCCACUAAUAAGACCCCUACAUAGUCCCCAAGAUUCCGCAAUCAUAAAUCAUACCCCUUCCAGCAGUUUACUACCACCACCUCCCAAUAACCCUGCUCUACCCGGCACUACUUCAAAUCCUCAUUUAUUAGCGGCCCAAUUUCAAAUGGCUGCUGUUUUGGCUCAUCAUCAACAACAACAGCAGCAGCAACAACAACACAAUCCAGCUGGUUCAAAUAUACCACCGCCGCCUCCUCAUGCAGGUGGACCAGCACCACCUCCCCAUUUACCACCUCAUCUCAUGCAUACCCAUCAUUUGGGUAUAUUUCCUCCUCAUGGGCCUCAUCAUCCGCCGUUUGGUAAUCCUCAUCUAAUACGGGAUACUUACCCCUUGUAUCCCUGGCUACUGAGUCGUCAUGGUCGCAUAUUCUCACAUCGUUUUCCAGGUUUCCUCUUGCAACCAUUUCGCAAACCGAAACGUGUACGUACUGCAUUCUCACCCACGCAACUGUUAAAAUUGGAACAUGCAUUCGAAGAGAAUCACUAUGUGGUUGGAGCUGAACGCAAGCAGUUAGCACAAAAUCUAAGUCUAACCGAAACGCAGGUUAAAGUGUGGUUUCAAAAUCGUCGCACCAAACACAAGCGCAUGCAACAAGAGGGAGACAGUGAUUCGAAAAGUCAAAAGGGCAGUCAAUCUGGUGAUAAUGAGGGUAAAAACGAUAGCAGUCAGACUAGUUUUGAGGACCAAGAUGACUUGGACAUGGCUGAUGGUGAGGUAGAUGAUGAGGAAGAAGACGAAGUCAUCGAUAUGGAUGACUAUGAUGAUCAUGAAAUGGAUGCUGAGGAAAGAAAGCGUAUGACAGAACAUUUUCAAGAAAUGCAAAAUCGUCAUUUUGCUCACAGUCAAAUGUUUCAGCAACAAAGUCAACAGCAUCAGCAGUUUUUACAGCAACAUUUCUUGCAACAACAACAGCAACACCAGCAGCAGCAACAGCAAUUAUAUGCUCAAAGUGAACAUUUACGACAGCAACAAUUGCAACAAAAUCAAGAACGUCAGCAGCCAUCACAACAACAACAACAAACGCCUGCACAAAAACACUAGCCACUUAAUGAAAUACUUAAAUGAAAUUAAAUUUUAAAAUUCUAGGCAAAUUUUUCUAAUUAAAACAAUAAGGGUAUUCACUUGGCGUGAAUUUUUCUUAGGAUCAUCUUCACAAUUUUUAUCAUUGUAUUUUAAUAAUUUAAAUUUGUACUUGUACAAUUUAAUAAUAACAAAUAUGUUUGUAUGUCUUAUAGUUUUAGCUUUUUUUUUGUAGA